UGCUGCUCAGCUGACGCCGCGGCGGACGACGCCGUCGCCGCCUCUGACUUGGUGCAGUUGGUGAUCACCACAUACGCCGACUUGCACCAGCUACCGCGGCUGCUGCCGCAGCUGCUGCUGGCGGCGCGCGCCUCGCGGCAGUUGCAGCUGCAGCUGUCGGAGUCGCAGCUGGCCCAGCUGGCCGCCCGGCUCACUGCCAUGCCGCAACAGCACGUGGCCGGCGUGUGGAAGACGCUGCUGUACCAUGUGACAGAGGACGGACUGGAGGCCAUGCGCCGCGGAGAAGAGCCCACCGACGCAGCCUCGUCGGUGUUUGUGCUCACAUUCCAACUGAUAAAUUGUUUUCUGAGCCACGUGGCCGUCAUCGAUCAGUCAACCACCACGGCCGCCACGCGCACCCUGUUGCCUGACCUGAUGACUCAGACUUGCGAGGCACUGCAACAGGUGGCAGCACUGGUCACUAGGCGGUAUCAGAGCAGUGCUCACCUGGGCGGCCUGCUGUCCGCGUGCCUGGCCUGGCGCCGGCUCCAAUCCGCCCUGCUCGCCUACUGUGACGAGUACCGGCAGCAGGUGGCGUCGGCACUGACGCGGGCGGACGAGCCGCUCGCGCCUGACAAGCGCUGGACGAAGCUGGCUAAACUGGACGCCGCCGGCCUGCCGCCCUGCAGCCAGCUGAUGGCGGACCUGGUGGUGGAGGCGGCGCGCGUGGCACCGCCCGACUGGCAGCCGCCGUCGGGCGCCAAUCAGGAGCUCAAGUGCGCCGACGUCACCAUCAAGCAGCAGGCCAAGUCGCUGUCGUCGGCGCUGCCGCGGCUUCUGGCGCGUCACGAGCUGUCUCGGCUGCCGCCGGCGGCGCACCUGCGGAACGACCUGCCAGACUCGCUGGUCACGGUGAGGACGGGCUCGCUGGUCACGAUGGGGACUGACUCGCUGGUCAUAUUAGGAACUGACUCGCUGGUCACGGUGAGGACUGACUCGCUGGCCACGCUCACCGAGGACACGGUGAGAGAGGCGGCUCGGCCCGGCCGCGCCAUGGACGCCAGCGCUCUCAGCUCCGUUCUUUGA